GUCCACUACAGUAAUACUGAUCGCAUGGCCCGGACGGUCAAAGUAUUAUUAUUAUGGCCACAAGAAGCCUGGCAUCCCACUUUCCUUUCUCCACUACCUCAUCCUUUGAAAGCUAUACUUGCGGAGCUUUCUUCAUAAAGGUGCUCACAAAAACUCACUGACAGCAGACACUCAUAUACCAGUGUAUAGCCACACGUCAAGAUAUUUUCACCAACGACUGAGUGCGAGAGCCCACUUUUUGAGCUUGACUUUCAAGCCACCUACUACAUCAUCCAGUCACAGUACCGCACCUACUACUAUACCUUGCCUCGAGGCUACCGUUUGCUUUUUUUUUGCCACGAGGUUUUCAUGGAUUUUGUCACGGGUGGUGCUUCAGCCUACGAGCAGGGGCCUAUAUCUCCCGAGUCGUGGAAGCGUGCUGUGUACCGCAGUGCUCCUCAGUAUUUCUACGUUGGAGUCCUCACUCCGGAAAAGCAAGGCGGCAGUUAUAACUACGGCCUGCGGAUUUGUCCCAUUAAGGAUGACAACGCAUCCAUUUCCACCAAUUCAACUUCUUCGAAGGGCUCGCAUUUAGAGUAUGACAUCUGGCGAAAAUGGGAGGACUGCCUCUGGUUUCAAGAUAGCCUUGAGGCCGAAUAUGCUCUCAUGGCAAGAGAGAAGAUCACACGUCUGGCCGCAGGCAAAGGAGUGAAAAAGGACGGGAUGUAUAUCCAGAGCGAUCAGGCAGCUUCUUUUGAUUCACUUCCUCCGGGUCCCGAUCCUCACUCCGUCGCCCGUGAUAUUCACCAGCACAUCCCGAAGCUGACGAAGAAGGGAACACUGUUCCGCGCAAGUCAAGCUACCGUUGACCAACGGUUCGCCGAGUUUCGUGCCAUGAUAAAUGCGUUUUUUCAAGAAGACCUCCCGAUGCUCUUGAAAGAGUUGAUGGCUACGCGAACCUUCACUGAUUUCUUCGGCUAUUGGAGACGUGAUCAUGACCUAGCUAUCAAAAUACAGAAAAAUCAGACCGCUCCCGCUAAAUCUCGCCGUUCUGUGUCUAGUAGCAUGCUUUCCGCUUAUUUUCCUGGUUCAUCUCCGGCAGCAUCAGACGUCGCACCCUCUUCCACGUCUGUGAAUGAGUCACACAAGAAGUUUUCCAGAAGAGGCUCAGGCACUUCGGACUCAUUGUCAUCAGGGAUUUCCGUGAAAGACCAGCCAACUGCCCGCUCACGAGUGAAUGAUCACUCUGCUGGCUUAGCAAUAUCCCUGCAGUCACGUGGCUCAAAAUCCACCCUAUCUUCUUCUUCUUCGUCUUCCUUGAACUCUCCAUCUCCCGUAACGCCACGUCGAUCUUCUAGCCGCUCGCCAGCGGUUGUUACGCAUGAAACUCCAAUCACAUUUGGACAUAACCCACAGCAAACACCUGUCGGAUACGCGUCAGAGCGUCGAGGAUCGACACUCCAAGUCCUUCCAGAGGACCAGGAGGUUGAGAUUGAGAAGGCUGGAUCUGCGGAUUACAAGCAGAUGCGAAGGGUAAAUAGGACCGCUAGAGUCCUUGGCCCCCCUGCUUCCGAAUCAUAUGAUGAUGCUAAACUUCCUUCGGAUGCAGCGUCCUAUGCUAGGUGCUCAUGGCAGUCAACCAACUCUGUUUCGCCCUCUCGUGCUGCAGCCUACCUUGCCGAACUCAAUGUUGACUUUACGCUUCCACAUCCUCACCCGGAACGUGCACACCGCCCCCGUGCAUCGAUGUGUAGUGUGGCAUCAUACAGGACUGAUGCCUCUGCCGAUGCGAUCAUUCCUCGAUCCGCUUAUGCUCAGUCUUCGCCUUCUCCUGAGACUCGACAACAUCGUCAUUCCGCGCCUUUCCCGGAUGAAGAAGAGUGGGUGGAGCGCGAACCAUGGGCUGAUGAAUCAGCUUACGGAGAGGACGAUCUCCUUGAUGCUUAUUUCAAUGACGCGAUACCACCGACAUCACCUACCGAAGAUAGCCACUUCUCUUCACAGCAGCAUGACUCGUACCCAACAUCAGCGUACCCCGCGCGACGCGCAUCCGUAACCACAUCCAUAUCUUCCGGAUCAACGGGAUGCAGCGACGGUUCAGCCAUUUCCAUCAAAGCAUUGCAUGAGAACCACAUCAUCAUGCUUCGCGUUCCGCAGGCCCUGUCCUUCACUGAGGUUCGUCAACGACUUUACGACAAAUUUGUACGGCAAGAAGGCGUGCCACUUUCAGAGAGCUUUGUCGUAGCCAUCCUCGUUCCCCCUCCAGUCAUAGAGAAGUCUGGAGGCCGUCCUUACACUGCUUCAUUCUCCUCUAUGGCCGACAAGGAUAGUGUUCUGCACUUCGUAAAGUCCAACGAUGACUGGGACCGGGCGAUAUCCAAGUAUGGAAACAAGGUCCUUCUGCGUAUUAUUGGCAGCCACGCCUAGGCUGCUCCGCAUGUAACGUAUUGCCACCUAGGCUUUUAUUGGCAUUUUUGAUCCUCACAUUUUGUAGAAAUCAUUGGUUUUGACUUCGUUCCAGCCUUCAUCGUCAUUUUUUUUCGUUCAAACACAUGCAUUAUUUCGUUUCAACUGCGAUACCUCGUCUUUCUUUCAACAUUCCAUCUUCGUUCUACAUUGCAUUCAUUGGAUUUCCUUGUUACCCUUCGUCUCUGGCUUUAGCCGCGUUCGUACUUUCAUAGGAUUGUACUCGCGAGCUCAUGGGUGGAUCAAAGUAGUAGAAUGUAUCCUUUUAUCGCAUAUCACACAAUUAUCUACUUCAUACCACUGCACAUUAUGACAAGCUCUACACAUCUUUUACAAUGAGCA